ACAUGGUAACACCCAGUACCAGCCUGACUGGUGGGUCCUCCAGAAUCACAGUUGUCCCAUCAUGGCUGAGGUGGAUCCUUGUGUCUGUUUUCUCCCAGGAGGUGACCUCUGAUGAGGAAAGAGAAAGUGACCAAGAGGAAUAUUACACAUAUUCACUUCCAAGCCCCCAGUGUGAGAACUAUCCCAAGGCUAACAACCACCCAAAAACCAGGAACGUUGAGGUUCGGAUGCUUGUACCCAAGUCAGGAUUGAAAGACCUGAACCCUAGGGAGGAACGACCUCAGGCUUCAGGUCAACAAGAACAUCUGACCUCUCCUGCAACAAAAGGGAAAAGCCAGGAGCCCAGCCAUGUAUCAGGUUCAACACAGGAAGAUGCCAUGUGUCUAGGAGGAAAUCAAAGACCAUCUCCCACCAAUGCUGUUCCAGGGGAUUACCCAGAAAAUAACCAGGAUCCUACAAUAUCUGGGGUAUCAGAGCUCAAUGAAGCCCAGCACGGUCAGAGUCCCAGUCACCUGAGAAAACCAGACUGCCCCUUAUCUGCUCAGUCAAUACUAUCACUGCUAGAGGAGUUAGACAAAGACCUGGAAUAUGGGGAUGAGCUCAAGCCCACAACAGUAGGGGAGUCAGACCUUGGCCCAGAUGAUGGUGUUGAAGAGAAGCUAGUCCCCUCUCUGGGCCCAGCAGGGGAUUCUGGCUAUAGUGUCUACAAAUCAGCACCCCUAGGGCAGACAGCCCAAUGCCAGCAUUUCCCAGGAAUUCCCAUCUGCUGGGAGGUGACAUCACCUGAGCUGGGGAAGGACAGCCAGGGGCAGGAUCCAGCAGAUAUUUUAGAGAACAGUGAGCUAGGACUCCUGCUCCACGGUUAGCCACACAAUCACCUGAGGGUGCUGGGCUGAAACCACACCAGCAAGAGAAUCCAAGCCCUGGCUAACAACCUAUACUCAAGAGUGCUAAGUUAAGAGAUGUCCACAGAGCACCUAUUACAAAACAAAAGGUUGAUCUCUUCAUACCACCCUUCACAGGACCUUUUCCCUGAACCCCUGUAGCCUGACAUCUUUGGGCACAGCUGACAAACCAUCACUGAUACUCCCUCAAAAAUCUGACCCACCUUCCAUGCCCUCAUUGA